AUGGGUGAUCGAAACCAUGAUCCGGGUAUUAUGGACAAGUCUAUGCGUUCGGUGUUUGUCGGAAACAUACCUUACGAUGCGACCGAGGAUGCCUUAAAGGAAAUCUUCUGCGAGGUUGGCUUGGUGCUGUCCAUGAAGUUGGUAUACGAUCGUGAAACUGGUAAACCAAAGGGCUACGGCUUUUGUGAGUACAAGGACAAGGAGACAGCCCUCAGCGCAAUGCGUAACUUGAACGGGUAUGUUUUUGGUGGACGACCGCUACGCGUAGAUAACGCGUGUACGGAAAAAUCACGCAUGGAAAUGGCUGCUCUGUUGCAUGUGACGCGCGCUGAAAGCCCUUACGGUGAACACUGCUCGCCGCAGCAUGCACCGGAGGUUAUCACAAAGCAUGUCAGUAGUUUGCCCCCAGAACGACUGCACGAAAUGAUGUUACAGAUGAAGCAACUAGUGCAAACAAAUCCCUUCGAAGCACGCCAUAUGCUUGUACAAAACCCUCAGCUGGCGUAUGCACUCCUACAAGUGCAGGUGCUUACCAAAGCAAUCGAUCCGGCUGCGGCAUACUCUUUCCUGUACAAAACGCAAUCAUCGCCGAACUUCAGCGAACCGUUUGCAGCUUCACAAGCGCCAGGUGGGAUGCCGAGUAACGCGGGACAAUUUAUGCCACCGUAUGGCGCCAACGGAAACGCUGAAAACUUUCGUCCAAAUGUUGAUCCCCGACUCGGACGACAAGCGCCUGCGGGUGCGAAUGAUUUCGAUCCGAGGAAUCGUUUUGCAGCGGGUGGUCCAGCACCCCAGAGACCAUCGCAACUUCCGCAAAAUAAUCCUCCGUUCCCGUCUGACCCGAGACAGCGACCCAUCGAUCCCCGCGUGGGCAAGGAUCCGCGUUUAAUGAACUCCGGAAGUGGUGGCCACUUCGUUGGUAAUGGAAAUCAACCCCAAGCGGGUGCCGGAAGGUCAGCAGUGUUCCCACCCAGCGCAGCAUCGUUAUCGGCAGCAUCAUCCGGGUUGAAUCUUGAUCCGCUACCCAGUGAUGCCACUGAUCAGGAGAAAGCCGCAUUAAUCAUGCAGGUUCUGCAGCUUUCCGAUGAGCAGAUUAAUCUGUUACCACCGGAGCAACGCAACAGUAUCCUAGUGCUGAAGGAACAAAUUGUUCGAAGCUCACAAAUAAGAUGA